AUGUCUAUAAACAAUUCCGACAGCGCAACUACAACUCCAACAACAUCAUCCGACUUCGCUCGGUACGUCACUCUACAAACUCUUUCAGCAAUUUCUUUUCCUCAAUAUGAUUUAAAGCAUAGCUUACGCUUUUGGAUCAAGGAUUUUAAGGAAGAAGUUCAAUCAGCGGGGAUCACAAAUAUGGAUCAUUGCUGUAUACACAUAGCACGAUUCAUGCCUACUAUAAUUCGAACUUUCAUUACUUCCAUCCCACCUACUAUAAAAAAUAAGUGGUCUACACUCACAGAGGAACUUCUUUUACAUUUCGGAAGGCCCGAAGAGGAAGAAAAUCGCGAGUUACUCACUAAGCUCAGAAAG